UCAUAUAAUGCUCUUCAAAAUAGCAUAUCUGUAACAGAGUCCACAGACACUCUGACAGAGAAACGCACAAAGAGAAGGAGAGAGAAGCAGAAUAUGGUGACCAAAACAGAAGAGACGCAAUUGAAUAGAUUGGAGAGUCAAGUGGACAAUGGAGGAGGAGGGGCAUGGGAGUAUCUCUGCAUGGUUAGAAAGCUCAAAGUUAGGCGUUCUGUCAAGGUGUUAAAGCAUGGAUUAUUGAUCUUGAAUGACUCCAAGAAAAGAUCCAGUCUUGGUCCUGAAGAAUGGACUCUAUAUGAACAGGUUGCAGUUGCAGCCAUGGACUGCCAAUCUCUUGAGGUUGCAAAGUUGGGUGGUAUGAGAUUCUUUGUUUUGAAGUUUAUGCAAUAUGUAAUCUGCAAUCUUUUGCAGGACUGUGUAAAUGCGUUGCAGAAGAAAUUUCCAGAGAGUAAAAGAGUUGGCAGACUGGAGGCAAUGUUAUUUGAAGCAAAGGGAUCUUGGGGAGAGGCAGAAAAGGCUUACUCAAGCCUUUUAGAGGACAAUCCUUUUGAUCAGGUAGUACACAAGAGAAGGGUAGCUUUGGCAAAGGCACAAGGCAAUUUGACAGGGGCAAUUGACUUGCUCAAUAAGUAUCUUGAAACAUUUAUGGCUGAUCAUGAUGCCUGGAGAGAGCUUGCUGAAAUAUACAUCUCCUUGCAAAUGUACAAGCAAGCAGCGUUCUGCUAUGAAGAGCUGAUAUUAUCUCAACCUACUGUCCCGCUGUAUCAUUUAGCGUAUGCUGAUGUGCUUUACACUCUUGGUGGAAUUGAAAACCUUCUGACAGCGAAGAAAUAUUAUUCUUCCACCAUAGAUUUGACUGGGGGCAAGAACACCAGGGCACUUUUUGGUAUUUGUCUGUGUACGUCAGCUAUUGCACAGCUUUCAAAAGGACGAAACAAGGAAGACAAGGACAGUCCAGACUUGCAAUCUUUGGCAACAGCAGCUUUGGAGAAAGAGUACAAGCAGAGAGCUUCUGACAAACUCUCUGUGUUCACUUCAGGUUUUAAAAGCUUGAAAGUUUCAUCAUAACUCGAUCCUUUUUUUUUUUAAGAUUUUCGUUGUUGCCCCAGACUCUAAAAUCUGAAGUGGCCCUCAGUAACGUAACCAAAAGCUAAAAUUUAUAAACAUUGCAGAUUCCAUAUAAUUUAAAUCAUGAGUUAUAAUAUCGGUAUUUUUGUUGUUUA